AUGGCCGACACGCUUCUGGAACUCGCGUGCCCUGGCUCAGGAGCUGAGAAGCCUAGUUCCGCGCCGCGCAACGAGCCCUCGCGGGACAAUUUCGAUAUUUUUAACAAUAAAAACGCAUUGCGAAACGAGCCUGGAAAGUUGACGGUCUCGCCUUCCCCCGCCGUGUUUCGCGCGGCCGCGCCUCCCAACAUCGCUGAUCCCUCGGCGGCCGCCGCCGCGGCGGCGGAUCUCGCGGGAAAAUCGUCUCCGAUUUUCGCGCCACCUGCGUCACUCGCGGCGUUCAAAGCGUCGCUCGACGCGCGCACGAAUCUCCAUGCUAGCAGCGGCUUGUUGUCGAACCUCCCACCGAACCUCUCCCCGAGCCUGCUUGCCGAGCUUGCCGGCGUUGGAAGCGCAGGUCCGACUGCAGCUGCUGCAAACACCACCGCCGCAACCGCCGCAUCAAACGGCGGAUUUCAAGUCCCCGCAAGUGGCGGCGGGGGCGGUGGAAUGAGAAUGGACGAGGCGAUUCUGGCUCUCCAGCCGCUAGUUCGAUUGGGGAUGCAACAGCAACAGCAGCAGCAACAGCAGCAUCAUCAACAGCAGCAACAGCAGCAACAGCAACUCGCACAGACGCAAGCAGCACAGGCGCAGGCGCAAGCAGCGCAGGCGCAGGCGCUUCUGCCCGCGCUGCUCCAGCAAUACGCCAACCUCCCGUCGUUCGCGCGCAAUUUCCGUCAGCAAGAUGGCACCGCCGCCGCUGCCGCCGGCGGGUUACACGGAGCCAGACUCGAUAACACCGCAGCGCGCAGCGCGCUCGGCUCCUCGGCCGCGGCGGCGCUUCAGCAAGCCGUUCUCCGCGAUAUCGCCCGCGCAACCGGCGCCGCCGGUAUCGGCGCACCCGCCGGCGUCGGCGGUGCUAUCGGCGCGUCUGCGGGUCUUGCGCUCUCCCCGAAGCGCGGCUCGAUCGGUCGGGACAUUGAAAAGCACGGCGCGUCGGCAGCGGGGCCGGCGGAUGCGGCGGACGCGGCGGAGUUGAAGCUGAGUGUCGGAGUGCCGUCGAUUGGCGGGUCCCCUGGGGGGGAACAAUGCCGCGGCGACGAUUUCACUAGCGAGGAUCAUCGCCGUCGUGCGACGCUGCAGGACGACGCUGACGACGACCACGCCCGUCGUCGCACGCGCGACGAUCAGCACACAGCCGGCGACAGUUCGGGCGACAGCAACGUCGAGACCUGCCCGGGGCAACAGCGGGGCGCGGGAGCGGGGGAUGGCAGCCCCGCGGGGAACUGUAGUCCGGGGGGACGGAGGGGAAGCAGUGGCGGAACAGGCGGAGCGGGCAGGGCGGGGAUGAAGCGCAGCGCGGGCGCGCUGGGAUCGGGGCUGGAUCUUGACGGCCUGGGCGGGGACGCGGCGCGCUCCGUGCGUCCGCGCACAGUGGCGGAGCGGAAGAGGCGGAACAAUAUCAGUCACCGGCUGGAGCAGCUGAAGGCAGCGAUUCCGCUGUGCAAUCCGCGCAUCACCACGGAAACUCUGCUGUGUGAGACGCUGACUUACAUUGACGCGCUAAAGGCCAAAAUCCGCAACUUGCAGGCCGAAAAGGCCAAUCUGCUUGAGCACGUGUUGACUCUGUAA